AGCCCCAAAAGAUAAGAUCAGAAGUCCAAUAAAUCUGAUUCUAGCCCAUUCAUCUUCACCCGCCAAUUUUUGCGGGAAGGAUCGGUUGAGCAAAAUCAUGAAGUUCAGGAUCUGCUUCCGAAAAUUACAAAGUUUAAGUGCUCGUUUGAGAAGCAUGCACAGUUUAGGGACCAAAAUGACGAUUAAUCGUCCAAAACUUCUAUCGUUGACUUAUUUAUUUGCACUAUCCUCCAAAACUUGCUCCCACUUGCUUCGAUCCUUCUCUCAUGGCGGAUGGCGAUGUGCUUCCUCGAAAACUUCAUCUUCCUUCCUUUCUGAAUAUUCCCAAGCAAAGCAAGCCAAUAAUAAUAAAGAAAGACGACGAGACGACCCGGCAUUUCUAGAAAGACUCCUCUCUUUUCUCAUAUAUGGACAGGACUACUGAGAAAAAGGUUUAUGCCUUUUUAGGAGUCAUCGUAUUUUAAGGGAUUUCAAUUGUGUAUUCAGUUCCCCCGGCAAUUUUCCCCGAUUAAUCGCCUGCAGUUACCAUGUGGAUUUACGGUCUCCUCGUUGUUCAACUGUUCAUCUUCCUCUGGCAACUCACCCGCAAACUUAAACCGCCAGUCAACUCUCUCGCGGCAGAGUCAACUCCAUCUUCUUCUUCUUCUUCUUCCGCAAUCUGUGACAAUAAUGGAGCAGCGCCGGUCCCGAUUGUGUACAAGUACGACGUGUUCCUGAGCUUCAGAGGAGCUGACACCCGCUUCAACAUCACCAGCCAUCUCUACGCUGCUCUAAGAGGCCGCAGCAUCAUGAGCUACAUCGACGAUGUUAAUCUCCAGCGAGGGGUGGACAUCGUCGAUUCCCUGUGGGGAGCGAUCGAGCAGUCGCGGAUGGCCGUCAUUGUGUUUUCCGACAACUACGCCGAUUCCGGAUGGUGUUUGGACGAGCUCGUCAAGAUUGCCCAAUGCAGGAAAACCCUAAAUCAAGUGGUCUUGCCGGUCUUCUGCGGCAUGCCUCCCGAGGAUGUUCGAGAUCAGACCGGGAGUUACGGUGUUGCUUUUGCCAAGCACCGUCAGUCGACGGCGUCGCCGGAGAAAGUGAAGAUGUGGAGGGCUGCGUUGCAAGAGGUCGCCGGUAUUCCUGGCUGCGAGUCUCUCAAAAUCAGCACAGAGGCUGAGCUCGUCAAAACAGUGGUUGAAACUGUCCUAGCAACAUUGGAUCAGAUUUCCCCAGUUUCACAGUUCCCUGGUUUGGUUGGAAUCCACACCCGAAUUGACGAUAUUGAAUCCUUGUUGCACCUGGCUUCUGAUUCAGAAACCAGGAUCGUCGGAAUGUGGGGGAUGGGUGGCGUCGGCAAAACCACACUGGCCAGAGCUAUAUACGAUCAGUUCUCGUCCAAAUUCGAAGCCUGUCAUUUCCUUGGUGACUUCAGGCAAGAAUUGGAGAGGCGCUCUGAGCUCGACCUGCAACACGAGCUCUUCUCGGCCCUACUGGGGGACGAUUACAACCAUCACACCGCUGAAAGAAGCACAAAUUUGGCACUAACUUAUGCCAAAAUGCGUCUCACUCGUACCAGGGUUCUUGUAGUUAUCGACGAUGUUGAGAACCCAGUAGCACUGCAUAACUUGUUGGAUAAGCAACCCCGUACUCUGUUUGGUCCUGGGAGUAGGAUCUUGUUGACGAGUAGAGACCACCAGGUUCUUCAGAAUGUAUGUGAUGAAGUCUACGAGGCGAAGGGGCUGAACGACUACGAAUCGCUUCAGCUCUUUGCUUCGAACGCGUUCAAGAAUGCUAUCUCUGACGAAUUCGUGGAGCUGUCAUGGCGAGCCAUAAAGUACCCAUCAGGCAAUCCACUGGCUCUCAUAGUCCUUGCAAAGGCUCUGUUUGGGAGAAGCAAGGAGUACUGGGAAAGCAUAUUGCUGAGGCUUCACAGAGGGGAGCCGAACCAAAAAGUUCAGAACGUGUUAAGGAUAAGUUAUGAUGGUUUGGAUCGUGAUGAGAAGAAUGCCUUCCUAGACGUAGCAUGCUUUUACAAAGGAGAGAGUCGAAGGCAUGUGAAGUCCAUGUUGGAUGGUGCUUAUGGUGAUGGAUCUUCUGAGAAUAUUGUCACGUCGCUUACGGAUAGAGCUCUCAUUGGGAUUGCACAUGAUGGGUUGACGGUUAUGAUGCAUGAUUUGUUGCAGGAGAUGGGUCGUGGGAUUGUGAAACAUGAGUCUGAUGAUCCGGGGCAACGGAGCAGGCUUUGGGAUCAGAAUGAUGUCUACUCUGUGCUUACCAGAAAAGGGGGUACCAAAAGAAUCAAAGGUAUAUCUAUGGAGUUAGGGAAAGGCCAGAUGCAACUGGACUCGGAUGCUUUUGCAGGGAUGAGUCGUCUAAGGGUCAUUAGGUUCUACGUGCCACGCCAUGGUUACGGUGAUUACACUGAGGUGCAGUUACCUGCAGAGGGGCUUCAGUUUCUUUCCAAUCGGUUGACGAGCUUCCAGUGGCCCCAUUUCUCUUCAAAUUCUCUUCCACCAACAUUCCGAGCAGAGAAUCUCAUUGAUCUUCGUAUUCCCUAUAGCAACGUCAAGCAUCUUUGGACUGGCGUCCAGAAUCUUGGGAACUUGAAGUACAUCGAACUCAGCUACUGCAAAAACUUGGUGGAGCUGCCGGACUUAUCACUGGCCAAAAGAAUCGAGGACAUUCAUCUCAUCGGAUGCGAAAGCUUGGUGGAGAUCCCAUCCCACGUCCAACAACUACCGAAUCUAUCCAACUUCAAUGUCUGGAACACCAAGAGCCUCCCUGACCUCCCAACUCAGUUCACAUCCAAAUCAAUCAAUUCCCUCUCCAUCUCCGCUGAGAACUUGCCUGCAGCCGCAAACUACGACCAACUAUACCUCGGCAUCCAUCCAGCAGAAGAACAAGAAGAACAGCUUGAUAUUAAUGCACCCAUACCAAGCAGAGUUCUCGACAUUAGAAACAGCUUGCACAUAACGGACCUCCGUUUGAACGGAACGAUGAUCCAAAGGCUCCCGGCAUCAAUCGAGCUGCUUACCGACCUCGUUCUCCUCGACAUUUCUAACUCUAAGCAUUUACAUUUCGUUUCGACCAACAUCUGCAAGCUGAAGAAGUUGGAGAACCUCGAUCUUUCGGGCUGCAUACGGCUGGAAACUUUUCCGGAGAUUUUAGAGCCCAUGGAAAAGCUGGGCCACUUGUUCCUGGGAGGGACGUCGAUUACAGAGUUGCCGUCUUCGGCGGUUUAUAAUCUGGUGAACAGUACAGCGUUGAAUCUGAAAAACUGUAGAAAGCUUGUUAGGAUUCCUGAAGAUAUUCAGUUCUUUGAUAACUUGACGCUGAUUGACAUAAGGGAUUGCGAGAGGCUUGUAUGUUUGCCGAGGCUGCCGCUGCGAGUGAAGACGUUGAAUGCGGAUGACUGUGUUGCUCUGAACGAGUUUCCGGAUUGUUGGGAUCUGCGGGAUCUUGUGUCUUUGAGACUCGGGAACUGCUUCUUACUUGACCAGGAUGCGAUCAUUGGAUGGAUGGUGAAUGCCUUUGCUGAUGUUCAGAGAAUAGCGGCAGAGAUGUACUUCCCGGGAAGUGAAAUCCCACAUUGCUUCCAGUACAGAAGCAAUGGGUCCGAGGUCACCAUCCAGCUGCCGUGGAACAUGGACGAUUUCCUUUAUGGGAUCAAAGGAAUCGCUUACUGUUUAGUCGUGGAGGAUGAUGGCAGCUGCCCUGUCUCAGAUGACACUGAGGACAUGCGUAUUGGCAAAUAUAGCACCACCAUACCCUCCCUCGAGUGCCAUUGGAGAACAUCUUCGCCACUGCCACUGCCAUCGUCAUCAUCAUCGUCAGCCCGGUUUCGUAACUCAAGGGGGACAUGGUGUCACAAUGCCUUCACCAGGGGUUUUACGCAGUUCAAGUCCAAUCAUCUGUUUGUUACUUACAGGAGCAGAGAUCACGACCGCGAGAUAUUUGAUGCGCGAAAUUUGGGGCGUGAUGUGACGUAUAGUUUUCAGUUUUGUGAUGCUUGGAAGGUGAAGAAAGUCGGGGUGAUGCUGGUGGAGUUUGAUUAUGGUUAUGGUAGUUAUGAUGAUGGUGAUGUUCGCUUCGAUGGUAAGUUGAUGGAUUGGACUGCAGGUGGUGAUGAUGAUCAGCCAUUGGAUUUAGGUAAUGAUUAUGAUGGUAAGCCAUUCUAUUUAGGUGAUGAUUUUAAUGAGCCAUUGUAUUUAGGUGAUGAUUAUGAUGACAGGCCAAUGUAUUUAAGUGAUGAUUAUGAUGAAGAGCCUCUGUAUUUAAGUGAUCGCUAUGAUGAUAAGCCAUUGUAAUUUAGAUUAGUGCUUGUUUGGUUGGUUGGUUGGGGGACGAGUUAUGGUGACAACCCCUUAAGGGGUUGUGGGUUUGACAACCCACUUUAUAUCCAUUAGAUGUAUUAUCUCUCUUGUCUCUCUUGUGUUAUUUUUAAAUUGAAGGUUGAGAUUAAAAGAAGGGUGUUUUU